CCAUUAAUUUAAGUUGUAAAAGGAAAUAAUUUCUCAAAAGAGAACCCAUUUUUAUACUAGAAAGAGUGCAGUUCUUUCUAGUAUGAUUAUGCUGGUAUAAGCACAUGAAAAAUACGUGCCAGCCCAAUACAAAACACGAAGUCUCUCUAUUGGAGAUUUCUCCUUGUUAGGGUGGCUUAGAACAUCUCAACCCUGCUCCUUGACCUGAUUGUUUAAAGCUAGCUCAGGUAUUCCAGUAGUCUGCCUAUCUGAAGGGCAGCUGAUUAGUUACGAGCAAAGAAAAUGUGUGGAGACUAGAUGCAAGUAAUGUCAGUAUAGGAUUAAGGAUCUGGUAUUUAUAUAUAUUAAGACUGUUUUAUACCAGUCCAUGUGAAGGUAUCUCAUGAUGAAUAUGAAUUUUUAUUACUUAAGGAAAAAGAAAUCAUUACCUGAUGGAGAAAUACAGUGGUUUUAUGUGCAUUAUCUUUGUAAGAAUCAAGCUACGUAUUUCUUGGCACUUACUGUUGCAGAAAUGUGGAUGUUCAACCAGUCAGGGAAAGAUCUGACAGCUUUGUCAUUCCUCUGAGCUCUAUAGGAAGUGUUGGAAGAGACUGUCAGCCAGCCAGGAGCUGGCACAUCUAAAUGCUUUUUGUGUUUAACAAAACAAACUCUGUCAGAGACAUAAAGGGAAGAUGUGCAUAUAAAAAAAAUCCACAACUUUCUGUGUCUGAGGAAUGUUUACAAUAUUUACAUCCUAGGUAUAAGAUCAACCUGCAUUAGUCCAAGCCAAAACUUCCAACUGAAACCAGUUCUGCUUCAUCUUUCUUAUGUGCUUCUCCUCUGUAUUUGCGCUUGUGGAGGCACAAACACCAACGGAGUGAACCAGUUCAGGAAACUGAUUUCAAUUAAAACCAAUUCUUUUUCCUGCUGGAUAUUUUUUUAAAUAUAGAUCAGUUGCCAACUCUGGUUAAACAGCAUCUUUACAAAGAAUGAGCAGUUCUGGAUUAGGGGAGAAAUCAGGAGAAAUUCUUUUGGUAGCAACAUUGAAUGAAACUGAGCAUGUUGAUGAUAUGACAUCCAUUGGGUUGUCCAUGCAAUAAAGAGAAGAUUCUGUAGAUAAUUAUUUCAGCUAAGCAACAGCACAAAAAUGAUCAAAUCAGUACUUCAAAGUCGAACUCUAGUAGGUGUAAUGUAACAUAGCAUCAUUUCCUUUACUGGAACUCUUCAAUUGCUGUUCAACAACACCAUGUACAACUAAGCAGUGGUAAAAGCAGAAGUGACAGUGCUGUGCUAAAAUGAUUGGACAUGAUAAUAUUAAUGGUGUUCUCCAACCUAAACAGUUCUAUGAUUCUGAGUCUGUGAUUCAGCACCAAUGCAUAGGAAAAUGGAAACUUGUAGGAUAAGAGUAGCGAAGAAACUUACCAGCAUUUUACUGCUAAAUCAUCUGACAAAAAAAAAAAAAAGAAAAGAAAAGAUCAGUUGAGAUUAAAGGCAUGGACUCAUGCUGACUUUUAUUUUUGCCAUCUCCUUUACUAAACCAGAAUUUCUCCCAGAGUAUGUGUAUUUUGCAGUGAGCUAUUUUGGGAAUACCCAGUGUAUAUAUCCAUGACACCUGUUACAUUAUGUCACACAAAGUGGCAUUGUGCAGAGAUCUGAUGUUGCAAAAUUGGAACAGCCAUAGCAUCAUUCUGCUGUACCUGGGAUAAUUAGUCUCUCUGAAGAUACCUAACGUGGUAAUGCAUCUUCCAGCUCUGGACCCAGCUCACUGAGCUGUACCUUGGGGACCUUUGCACUGUGCAAUGUAGAUGUAUUUCCUGCCCUGAAUGCACAGAUCUGUUGUGCACAGAUCUCCAGAUACUCAUGCCUACACCAUCACUGUUGAAAUGUGUUUAUAGUAGAUGCUCUCAAAGCUCUUUGGAUUUAAAUUCUUCAAAUCCGUGCUGUGGAAUUGAGUUGAGGCAAGUUAGGAUGCACAAAAUAAAUUACUUAUUCUGUAUCUUGUUACGAAUGAAAUCAGGCUAAUCAUGAUUAAUUUUCACUCUCAGCAGGCUCACAGAAGUUAUCUUGGAAAUUUUGGUGAAGAUGAGUUUUAAAAUUUGUUUACAUAACAUAUAAUCUGUGAUGUACAUAAUUUAUGGUUAGAUAUUCAGACCAAUUCACUACUGGUGAGCUGUAAUAGUUAAUUUAGAAAUUUGCACUUUAUAACUUUAAGUUUAUAUUUUGAAUCUUUGUUUACGCUCAGAUAUAUUUUGAAUUAGUUUCUGCUGUAGACAAGGUGUAGCAUGAUGAUCAAACUAUGCUGUGCUUUUUGUACAUGUUCUCCUCUCAUAUAAAUAACCAUAAUUUAGAAACAGCCUCAUUGAAAUCAGAAGGAUGAAAUUAUAGACAGGGAAUUAGAAGAAAACUGGACACCCUGUUUCUAAAAUGGAUGAAUGUGUCCAGUCAUUUAGGAGAAGAAAAAAACCCAAAAAAUAAUAAAAAGGAAAAAAGAAGUAUUUUUGUCAUUUAUCGAGUAAAUAGUUGUAAAAAUAAGCAGCAACUGGAGUGGCAGAAAAUAUUCUGAAACCAAGGAUUUCUUUCCCCCAGACUUGGUUACGUCUCAUACAUAUCUCUUGUCAAUUUAAUUGUGCUAUUCUUCAUCAAAAUAAGAUAAACAGUACUUGAUAAACAAAUAAGUAAUGAAAAAUACAAUAAACAUGCCAGUAGUUGUCCUCAUAAAUUUCAAUAAAAACUGGUAUUAUUUUCCUGUCGUAUAUUGUUUCAGUAUUUGAACAAGAUUAAUCAUGUAUGCAGUACUCAUAUAAUCUGUUUGACCUAGUGCUGCAGAAACAAGCAGUAACGCACAAAGUAAAAAUGUACUAAUACAAUCUGUGGGCAUGGGUGGAAGAGGAAUUCCAUCCAGUCCUCUUUUAACUGCUUCUGCUGGCUUCUGUAUUAUUAAAUACUCCCUUAGUUAUUCCAGUUUUCAAUAUGUGAGCUAAGUACAGCAAAUGAUUGACAUCUUGGAAUGUUUUCGUAACUUACCCUGGUAAUUAUUCCUUAGAAAACUGAGUGUUCACCCUCAAAUGAACAGCCAUGAAUCAGCUUUGAAAUGAAAUGGUUAAUUUUAUCUAGUGGGCAUCAUGAAUUUGAUAUUUAAAAAAAACCAAACAAACAGAGAGCCAGAAUCUUUUUAGCUAAAAUGAUAUGUCAGAUACUUGUCAGAUUAAUUCAGCACUGGGUGCGUAUCUUUGAUCUUUACUUUCUUUUUUUGUCCCUAAUUGUUUGCUCUGACCUGCUCCCUCUGCUGGAGUCUUGGAUAAACUGAAUGGCAAAAUUGUUUCCUGAAAAGAUUAAUCAUGCACAUACUGUUUGCUUUACAAAUGUUCUGCAGUCCAGAUAUAAGUAAGACUUGGAUGGUUGUUUAUAUGGAUGAAUUGCCUGUGUUCAGGAAUAAUGCAUGGUGUUUAAAAUCACUCUGUUACAGAGCUUCUGCGGUAAUAAGCCAAAUUUUGCUGUCUGUGACAUCAGAGGAACUCAGUGACAGGUGUUGGAAGUGCAAAAGUCUGGCCAAAGCAUUUGUUACUUUGUGUUGAAUCCAGAUGUGACCUAUCAGCCUGUUUGCCAGGAUCCAGUAUUAUAUGGGCCAAUACACAACAGCACAGAAGACAUGUAGACGGAGCCCUCCUGACCUCACAGGAUCACCUUUGAGAUUUCCCUAAAUUCAAGUGAUCUCAGUAUGAACAACAUUACUAAGCUGCCCUCAAACCCUGUGCACAAUCUGCGCUUCCUGGAAGAGCUACGUCUUGCAGGAAAUGGCUUGACAUACAUUCCUAAGGGAGCGUUUGCUGGCCUUUUCAGUCUUAAAGUGCUGAUGCUGCAGAAUAACCAGCUACGGCAGGUUCCUACCGAAGCACUCCAGAACCUGCGCAGCCUGCAGUCUCUGCGUCUGGAUGCCAACCACAUCAACUAUGUACCCCCCAACUGCUUCAAUGGCUUGGUCUCCCUUAGACACCUGUGGCUAGACGAUAAUUCCUUGACAGAAAUUCCUGUCCAAGCUUUUAGGAAUUUACCAGCACUUCAGGCAAUGACAUUGGCACUGAAUAAAAUUCAUUACAUACCGGACUAUGCCUUUGGAAACCUCUCCAGUUUGGUAGUUCUACAUCUCCAUAACAAUAGAAUCUAUUCCCUGGGAAAGAAAUGCUUUGAUGGGCUCCACAGCCUAGAGACAUUAGAUUUAAAUUACAACAGUCUGGACGAGUUCCCCACUGCUAUCAGGACACUAACAAACCUAAAAGAGCUGGGAUUUCAUAGCAAUAACAUCAAGUCAAUACCUGAGCGUGCAUUUGUGGGUAAUCCUUCACUUAUUACAAUACAUUUUUAUGAUAACCCUAUCCAGCUCGUUGGAAAAUCUGCUUUUCAACACUUACCAGAACUAAGAACUCUGACUUUAAAUGGUGCUUCACAGUUAACAGAGUUUCCUGAUCUGACAGGGACUACAAGUCUGGAGAGUUUGACACUCACAGGAGCACAGGUCACCUCUCUCCCCAAAUCAGCUUGUGACCAGUUACCUAAUCUCCAAGUGCUGGAUCUGUCUUAUAACCUACUGGAAGAUUUACCCUGUUUUACUGCGUGUAAAAAACUCCAAAAAAUUGACUUGCAUCACAACGAAAUCGCUGAAAUCAAAGCAGACACGUUUCGGCAGCUGGCUGCUCUUCGCUCUCUGGAUUUAGCUUGGAACAAAAUUAAAACUAUUCACCCCAAUGCCUUCUCCUCUUUACCAUCUCUGAUCAAACUGGAUGUGUCAUCCAACCUUUUGUCCUCUUUUCCUGUGACGGGGCUACAUGGUUUAACUCAUUUAAAAUUAACAGGAAAUCAUGCCCUACAAAGUUUGAUAACAUCUGAAAAUUUUCCAGAACUCAAGGUCAUGGAAAUGCCUUAUGCCUAUCAGUGCUGUGCCUUUGGAGCUUGUGAGAACCACUACAGAAUCUCCAGCCAAUGGAACAAGGAUGAUAAUAGCAGCCUUGAUGACUUUCAUAGAAAGGAUUCUGGACUGUUACAAAUUCAAGAUGAACGUGAUUUUGAGGACUUUUUUCUUGACUUUGAAGAAGAUUUGAAAUCUCAUCAUUCAGUGCAAUGCUCACCUUCUCCAGGUCCCUUCAAACCAUGUGACCAUCUGUUUGGUAGCUGGCUGAUCAGAAUUGGAGUGUGGACCAUAGUGGGUUUGACCUUUAUUUGCAAUGCACUGGUGUCUGCUACAGUUUUCAGGUCUCCAUUGUAUAUGUCCUCCAUAAAACUUUUGAUUGGUUUAAUGGCCAUUGUAAAUGCCCUGAUGGGCCUGGCCAGCGGGAUACUGGCUGGCGUGGAUGCAUCCACUUUUGGUAGCUUUGCUCAGUACGGAGCACAAUGGGAAAGUGGAAUUGGCUGCCAAAUAACUGGCCUUCUCUCCAUUUUUGCUUCAGAGGCUUCCAUAUUCCUCCUUACCCUAGCUGCACUUGAACGUGCAUUCUCUGCAAAGCAUGCUACAAAGUUUGAAACAAAAUCCUCUGCUGCUAGCAUAAAAAUCGCCAUUUCCUUUUGCUUCAUGUUGGCACUAAUCAUUGCAGUGAUACCCCUUCUCACUGGGAGUGAUUAUGGGGUUUCUCCGCUCUGUUUGCCACUCCCCUUUGGAGAGUCCACUGCUAUGGGCUACAUGGUAGCACUGGUAUUGCUGAACUCCCUUUGCUUUCUGGUAAUGACUGUUGCUUAUACAAAGCUCUACUGUAGUUUAGAAAAGGGAGAACUAGACAACAUUUGGGAUUGCUCUAUGGUCAAACAUAUAGCCUUGCUACUUUUUACUAAUUGCAUUCUUUAUUGCCCUGUGGCCUUCUUAUCUUUUUCCUCCUUACUAAACCUCACUUUUAUCAGCCCAGAAGUGAUUAAGUCAAUACUUCUAGUGAUUGUCCCACUGCCAGCAUGCCUAAACCCACUGCUUUAUAUACUUUUCAAUCCACAUUUUAAGGAGGAUUUGGGAAGUCUGCGAAAGCAAACUUUGAUAUGGAGGAGAUCAAAACAUGCCAGCCUGAUCUCUGUGAAUUCAGAAGACAUAGAAAAACAAUCUUGUGACUCAACACAGGCAUUGGUAACCUUCACAAGUGCCAGCAUAUCAUAUGAUAUGCCCACCAGCAGUUCCCUAAUGCCACCCUCUUAUCAAAUGACAGAAGGCUGCAGUCUUUCGUCAGUUGCAUUUGUUCCCUGUCGCUAGUUGCAGAAACAGUACAGAAAAUACCUCUGUUUACAAAAUUUUUACUCCCAAAAGUAAGUGUGAAUGUGUGCAUACGAGUGUAGAGUGCCUCUAAAUUAUUACAACACACCUCAGAAAACAGACAAUGACAAAACUUGCAGCAGACUGAAAAUCCAGUACUUGAGCCUGCUCAGCCUGCUCCCGAAAUGCUGGGAUGAAGAGAAGAAAUGAAACCUGGUAAAGUUUGUGCUGUUAUAUCAGCUGCUCUCUUUUGAAGUAGCACUACUCAGAAAGGGCAUCAGUUGGUCAAGAACAAAAAUAGCAUAUAUAAGUUGUAAUACUUUUUCAAAGCAUCACCUGAUGCUUUGAGUUUUCAGGGGUUGGGUUAUUCCUGUUUAUUGCAAUUUGGUUUUAAUAAUAGUUUUUCAGGGCUGUGAUUGUUUUUUCUAAGCAUUUGUGUAUGGCAUUUGUUCAGCAAGGUAUCUAAAUGGAAGAGUAGUCCUGUUCAAGUCCUAGAUGUUUCUGCAGAAUACCCUUUAAUGAAGUUCCAUGUUUGACAAAGCUGAUUAAAUGGUUUAACUGGCACUGGGUUUGGAUUUUGGAAGUCAUCUAACUUGACAAAACAUUUUUAAUUGUCAGCAAAAGCUGAAAAAUUAACAUGAUGUGAAAGAAGUUAAUCAAAAUCCUGUCAAGCAUUUAAAAUGUAAUUGUAAAUGGCAAGACAUUGUCACAUGGGUAUUUCUCUAAUGAAGUUCUGCACAGUUUGGUCCUGAAUUGCUUUCAUGCCAGUAGAAUUACUCCCAGAAUUACUGAUGAUAAAAUUGACAGAUGAUUUGUUUAAUCAGAAGGUGGAAAAUACUGCAUAGAAAGUCAUCAAUAUAAAAAAUUGGCAGGCUGAGAACUUUUAAAGGACACCAAAGGCACUCAGACAGAAACGUUAAUUUAAGGUAAUUUGUCUAGGAACAAAAACUGUAAUCCUGCUCAUGCCAUGAUCUCUGUCUCAUGAAAUAGUGACUCUAGAAAGCUGCUAGUUUAGUCACUAGUCAGUUGAAGGUUUAGAGGUCACCAUAUCCUUUUGGAUAAGGAUAGCCAAUAUCCUUAGCCAAGGCAAUAUCAAGUAGGAGUGAAGAGGUUGUGUGAUCUGUGUUCUUAGCACUGAUGCAAGCACUCCUGGGAUAUUUCAAACACUUAUUGCAUUCACAUGUUGUAAAGAACAUUGUGAAAUUGGAAAGGAUAUGAAAAUCAUAAAUUUAAAAGAACUUAAGAAAUAGGUGAUUUUAUCACAGUUUAUAAGUUGCUACUUCAGGGAUACAGAAGUUUGAAGGCAGAGGACUACUCAUCUGAGAGUAGAAUCUGGUAUGCUUAACUGGAAAUUGACAUUAGGGACAUGCAGCAUAGAAAUAAAGGUAAAAAAUGUUGAUAGAGAUGGUCAUUAGCUAGUGAAAUUACUGUCACCAAAACUCUCUAAAUUCAUAUUGGAUGUAUUGCCAAAAAAUAUACUGGAGCAGCUGUUGAAAUCCAGGGACUUCUGAUGGCUUUAGUUUAGGAAAAAGCUUGAUUACGUUAACAGAGUUCUCUGACUUUAAAUCUGUUAAUACUUUGCUGAAUCAAGGCAUGUAUGUUUACACAUCAGAAGCAUCCCAGUUAGAAAGAAAAGACUUCAGUCCUUGCCAAGUCUACUGUUAAAAUAUCUCAGACAACAGAGCCACCUAGAAUAUAAUUCUUUGACCUCAUCCAAGCCAUCAGGGGAUAUCCCAGUAUUCUUUUCUCAGAGCUGGCAGCUUUUGCUUAAGUAAGCUGAUCAUUUGAGACAGAAAAAUGCACAAAUUUACCUAUUUUUGUUUUUGUUAAAAAGAGCUCCCCGAGGAGUUACAUUUAAUAGUCCAGUGUUCACUGCGCAGUUAAUGGCCACUCAGCCUCCAGGUGAAUGAGACUAAUUUUUUAACAUUAGAAAGGUUAGGCUAGGCCCAGCAAUUAAGGUAAUCUGUUACAGAUGAUCUCUGUUAUUCAUCUGUUCCUGUAUAUAAAACUUCCUGGGACUCCAAGGAUGGAUUUUCACAAUGAAGAAUUUGCUGCCAACAGUGCAAAUGCCUUAAUUUUCUUGUCCAUUCACACUGACAUAUUUUUAGUUUUGCAGUUACAGAUGGCACCAGUUGACUUUGGCUGACAUGUUCAUCCUUCAGGGAAAAAAAAUGAACCAAUUCCGAAAUUAUGUAUGAUAAAGUCAGCUGGGUACUUAUCUUAAUCCUUUAUCUGUUGUGGCUUUUGAAGCAGUGCAGCACACAGCUGCAGAAACGAUGCCUGAAACCACUUUGGAUUAAACAGAGGAUCAGUCAACCAUUGCACAAUACCUAUUACCAUGUUUACUUAGCUUUAAUUUAACUGGGGUCCAUCUGUGCUGCUCUGCUUAAUGUCAGUGAGGUUCCUUUCAGCUUGCUAUAUUUAAGAAGUUUGUAAAGAAAUUUGAGAAGCAAAAUAAUGUUGUAAUUCUGAAGGCUAGUUAAAAAAAGCUUCUUUUAUCAGAACUUUUCUAGCUUGCAGAAGGUCCUAAAGGCUUUGUGACUUAUUUUUAUAAGCAUGUUUGAAAUAUUUUGAUCAGAUAUUUUUAACUUGAAAUUGUUAAAAUACAUUUAACAGAUUUUUAAAGUAAAAUGUGUAAAUAUAGAACUGUAUUUAUUAUUACAGUGAAAUGCAACUACGGUAAAGGACAUGAGAUUAAGCCCUGUACAGUUUCACAUUGAUAUUUGCUAUAUUUUCUGCUCAUAUAUGUUACUAGAUUCAUUAUCUGUAAAUAAUAUAAUGUAAAUGUGUAGUGAUUGUAAAUAGGUGACAUGCUUUCUUUUCUAUCAGUGUUCUGAACACAUGUAAGUUGUAAUAAAAUGUGACUACACAGUAAAGAGCAUUUAAUCAUGACCCAACACCUCAC